UUUUUGACAAUUGACAGCAGUUGCAUUAUUUUUAGUUUGCGAAACAUAUUUGUAUGUAACAUUUUAAACUAAUAAAUGCGUAAAUAAUUUGCUGCUUGUGGUGGGUUUUCAAGGAAACUCGUGCGAUGGCGGCGUCCAUCGAAAUCCCGCUUCGGGAUACCGAUGAAGUUAUAGAGUUAUAUUCCGAUCAAUUGCCCGAUGGAGACGAAGUUUUGGGCAUUUUGCGGCAGGAGAACACGCAUUUGUCGAUUUGGGUGAAUCUUGCUCUGGAGUACUACAAACAAAGUAAAAUCGAUGAUUUCCUUAAAAUCCUCGAGUCUUCUCGAGUGGAUGCAAAUGUUGAAUACCGAGACUAUGAAAAGGACCAAAUGCGUGCCCUGGAUAUGCUUGCUGCGUAUUACGUGCAGGAAGCAAAUCGGGAGAAAAACAAGGACAAAAAACGCGAGUUAUUCACGAAAGCGACUUUAUUGUACACAACGGCGGACAAAAUCAUCAUGUACGAUCAGAACCACUUGUUGGGUCGGGCUUAUUUUUGCCUGCUCGAGGGGGACAAAAUGGAGCAGGCCGAUGCUCAAUUCAACUUCGUUUUGAACAAAUCCCCGAACAACAUACCUUCUCUGCUCGGUAAAGCUUGCAUCGCCUACAAUAAAAAAGAUUUCCGUGGGGCUUUGGCGUUCUACAAGAAAGCCCUGCGUACAAACCCUAACUGCCCUGCGGCGGUGAGGUUAGGUAUGGGGCAUUGCUUUAUGAAGUUGAAUAAUCAGGAUAAGGCUCGGUUGGCCUUCGAGAGGGCUCUGCAGUUGGAUCAGAAGUGUGUGGGAGCUUUAGUGGGGCUGGCUAUUUUAAAACUUAACCUGCAAAACCCAGACACGAUAAGGACGGGCGUGCAAAUGUUGUCCAAGGCCUAUACGAUUGAUUCUUCAAAUCCCAUGGUUUUAAAUCAUCUGGCGAAUCAUUUUUUCUUCAAAAAGGACUACAACAAAGUCCAGCACCUGGCUUUGCACGCUUUCCACAACACGGAAAACGAGGCGAUGCGCGCUGAAAGUUGCUACCAACUUGCGCGAGCCUUCCACGUGCAAGAAGAUUUUAACCAAGCCUUCCAGUACUACUACCAGGCCACUCAGUUCGCGCCUGCGCAGUUUGUGCUGCCGCACUUCGGCUUAGGCCAGAUCUACAUCUACCGAGGCGACGCAGAGAACGCUGCGCAGUGCUUCGAGAAGGUUCUGAAGGCCCAGCCGGGUAACUACGAGACCAUGAAGAUCCUGGGCAGCCUGUACGCAAACUCCUCGUCGCAGUCGAAGCGGGACAUCGCCAAGAGUCACUUGAAAAAGGUGACGGAGCAGUUUCCGGACGACAUCGAGGCGUGGAUCGAGUUGGCGCAGAUCCUGGAGCAGUCGGAUUUGCAGGUGUCUUUGAAUGCCUACGGGACCGCCAUAAACAUUCUGAAGAAGGACGUGCAAGCGGAAAUACCCACGGAAAUUCUCAACAACGUCGGUUCUUUGCAUUACAGGCUGGGCAACUUGGAAGAGGCCAAGAAAAACCUGGAGGAAGCCCUGUCGCGCGCCAUUUUCGAAGCCUCCGAGCACGACGCGCAAUACUACAACUCGAUAUCGGUCACCAUAACCUACAACCUCGCGCGACUGAACGAAGCCCUGUGCUUGUUCGACAAAUCCGAGAAGCUCUACAAAGACAUCAUAAAAGAGCACCCCAACUACGUCGACUGCUACCUCAGAUUAGGGUGCAUGGCUCGAGAUAAGGGGCACAUCUACGAGGCAUCCGAUUGGUUCAAGGAAGCCCUCAAAAUCAAUACAGAACACCCUGAUACUUGGUCGCUUUUGGGCAACUUGCACUUAGCGAAAGGGCAGUGGGGUCCGGGUCAAAAAAAAUACGAGAGGAUCCUCAAAAACCCUCUAACCUCUCAAGACUCGUAUUCUCUAAUAGCCCUGGGUAACGUUUGGCUUCAGACUUUGCACCAACCGACGAAAGACAAGGAUAGAGAGAAGAGGCACCAAGAGAGGGCGCUCUCGAUGUUCAAGCAGGUUUUGAAAAUCGACCCGAAGAAUAUCUGGGCCGCCAACGGUAUAGGCUCCGUUUUGGCGCACAAGGGGGCGGUGAACGAGGCCAGGGACAUUUUCGCGCAGGUGCGCGAAGCCACGGCGGACUUCUGCGACGUUUGGUUGAACAUUGCGCACGUCUACGUCGAGCAGAAGCAGUUUGUUAGCGCCAUACAGAUGUACGAGAAUUGCCUGCGGAAGUUCUUCAAGUACAACCAGGUGGAGGUGCUUCAGUACCUGGCCAGGGCCUACUACAAGGCCAACAAGCUGAAGGAGGCGAAGAUGAUUCUUCUGAAGGCCAGGAGGGUUGCGCCGCAGGAUACGGUGUUGCUGUACAACAUCGCGUUGGUUUUGCAGCGUUUGGCGACGUACGUUUUGAAGGACGAAAAGUCGACGUUGCAGACCGUCUUGCAGGCGGUGCACGAGUUGGGGCUUUCGCAAAAGUACUUCACGUAUCUGGCCGAAUUCGGCGACAAGAUGCGCUACGACGUCACUUUGGCGGGCAUGGAGGCGCGCCAGUGCAAAGAUCUGCUCUCGCAAGCGCAGUACCACGUGACCAGAGCCCGAAGGGUGGACGAGGAGGAGAGACUGCUGCGGAGGAAGCAGGAGGACGAACGCACCGCGUUCAAAAUGCGACAGAUCGAGGAGCAGAAAAAACGCGAGGAGGAGAGCCGCCAAACGAAGCAGCAGAUGCUGCAGAAGCGCGAAGAAUACAAAGAGAAAACCAAAAACGCGCUUCUCUUCAUGGACAUGCCGCAGGAGAAGAAGAAGGGGAAGAACAAGGGUAAAGACUACGUCUCGGAUUCAGACUCUGGGCGGGAGAACCGCGGGGAAGGCGGGGAAGCAAGGGAACCCCGGGAAAAACGUCCGAAGAAGGAGAGGGGAGGAGGGAAGCGGAAGUCCAGCAAAGGCGGACGGAAGCGCAAAGGCAGGAGCGACGAUUCGGGUUCGGAUAACGGGCACAGCAAGAAGAAAAGGGGCAACAAAGGGAAGUCGGCUAGGGACACCAAAAGGGACGAGGGUCUCAGUCAGAAGCAAAAAAGCCGGAUCGUGUCUAAAGCGACGAUUUCCAGCAGCGACGACGACAGCGACGAUGGCAAGCUUAAAAUUGCCAGCGGGGACGAAAGCGACGCAGGAAACGCCGGAAGGAAGAGAAGGAUCUCUUCCGGUUCGGAAUCGUCGAGAUCUAGAUCCAGAUCAAGAUCCAAAAGCGGUUCUAGAUCGAGAUCCAGAUCUAGAUCCAAAAGCGGCUCUAGAUCGAGAUCAAGAUCCAAGAGCGGCUCUAGAUCGAGAUCCAGAUCCAAGAGCGGCUCUAGAUCGAGAUCCAGGAGCAAAUCUGGUUCCAGAUCCAGAUCUAGAUCCAGAUCGCGCAGCAAAUCGGGCUCCAGAUCGAGAUCCAGAUCCAAAAGCGGUUCCAGAAGUAAAAGUAGGUCGAGAAGUAAGUCGGGAUCCAGGUCCAAGUCUAGAUCCAAAUCCAGGUCCAAGUCGAGGUCUAAGUCUAGAUCCAAGUCGAGGUCUAAGUCUAGAUCCAAGUCGAGGUCUAAGUCUAGAUCCAAGUCGAGGUCUAAGUCUAGAUCCAGGUCUAAAAGUAAGUCUAGGAGUAGGUCUAGAAGCAAGUCGAGUUAAAUUUAUUUAUAUUAUUAUUUGUCUAUAAAAUGUUUUUCUAAGGUUCUCCAAAGUUUAAACAAACAAUUUGAACUAUUCAAAUUUUUAGUUUUUAAAUUUUUAAAAACUGGAUUUCCCCAAAAUGUUUAAAAUUAUGUAAAUUAUCAAAUUUUGAACAGUUUGUAAAAUGUUUGGUUUUUAAAUUUUUAAAAACUGGGAACUCUUCAAAAUGUUUAAAAUUUUGUAAAUUAUCAAAUUUUCCAGAAAUUUACAAAAUUUUGUAAUUUUAAUUUUUUUUUAAUUUACAAAAUUUUGAACAAUUUGUAAAGUUUUCAGUUUUUAAAUUUUUUAAAACUGGAAAGUUUUCAAAAUGUUGAAAACUAUGUAAGUUAUCAAAUUUUUUCGAAAUUUACAAUAUUUUGAACAAUUUGUAAAAUUGUUCAGUUUUUAAAUUUUUAAAAACAGGAAUUUUUUUCAAAAUGUUGAAAAUUAUGUAUAUUAACAAAUUUUUUCGAAAUUUACAAUAUAUUAAACAAUUUCUAAAAUGUUCAGUUUUUAAAUUUUUAUAAACUGUAAAAAAAUUGUAGAUUUUCAAAUUUUUUCUAAAUUUACAAAAUUUUAAACAAUUUGUAAAAUGUUCAGUUCUUAAAUUUUUAAAAACUGGAAAUUUGUAAAUUCUUCAAAAUUUUGAAAAAUUUAUAAAAUUUUUAGUUUUUAAAUUUUUAAACACAGUAAAUUUUUGUUUUAACAAUUUGUAAAAUAUUCAAUUUUUAAAUUUUUCAAAUUCUCUAAAUUGUUUUAAAUAAAUUUUUUGUAAAUUCGAAGUUUUAAAAAAAAUUGUCUAAAAUGUUUUAAAUAAAAUUCAUAAAAUUUUAAACAAUUUGUAAAAUUUCUCGUUUUUAAAUUUUAAAACUGGAUUUUUCAAAAUUUAGAGAAUUUUUUAAAACUGGAAUUUUUUUCAAAUUUUGGAAUAUUUCGAUAAUUUCAAACUUUUGGAAAUUAAUGUAAUAUCAAAACUUUGGAAAUGUUUUUCUAAAAUUCUUCAAAUUUUUAAAACCGAAAAUUUUCAAAAUUUCCAAAAUUUGGAGAAUUUCCAGUUUUUAACUUUUAAAAAUUGGAAAUUUUUCAAAUUGUUUUAGAAAAUUUCAAUUUUUUUGUAAAUUUAUGAAAAAUUAAUUUUCACUUGCAAUAGAUUUCUAACUAAAGUUAGAAAGAUACAUUUUUAAAAAAAGUGUAAAGCCACAAAUUUAAAAUGUGGUUAGGUACUUUUAAAUUUUGUUAGGAUCUCGACUUUUUGGUCCAAAAGUAUGCUUUUCUUACAUACCUACAUAUAAAAUAUAAACAAGUAUUUUCUUCCAUAAACUGUAUAAAGAAGAAAUUCUUUAAAUGAUUAAUGGACCAACAAAUAAUAAAACUAUUUUUAUGUAAAUAUAUUUUUAAGUGAAUAUUUUACUUGUUAUUUAGUUUACUGUGACGAAAAAAUGUUUGUUGGGUCAUUAAAUAUCAACCAUAAUAUAUUCAGACUUUAUUGUGUAAAACAUGUAAUAACAAAACAAAAAAUAAACACAUCUUAAAUCUUAAAAACCUUUCAUUUGUUUUAAAAAUUCCUUGGUUACAAAAUAUUAGGUACAAGAACAACUAGUAAGUAUAAUAUAAUAUUAAUAAUUACUUAAUUGGUAUAAUAAUUAUUGCGUAGAUUAGAUUCAUUUAUAAAAUAUAUUUAGCAGUUUUAAAUUAUCAUUAUUGGUAGACAAGUUACAUUAUAAUAUUUUAUUGGGGUUAUUAAUAUUGUCUACAGAGUGGUGCAAAAUCUCAGUCAAUUGAAGUAUUAAAAAUCGUUGUUUUUUAUUGUUAUAAAAAAUCAAUAUCAAAAUUAUCCUUUAUUAUGUGGAAUUAUUAAAAUGUUACUUUUAUUAUUUUUAAUUGCAAAGUUCUGCUGGACUCUCAAUUAACUUAAAUUGACUAAAAAUGUUACUUAAAAAAACGUUUUGUUUUUUCACUGUAACUUAAAAAGUUCUUAGGUUUGGCCAAAAUAAAAAUUUUACUUAUAUCACUAAAUUCUUAACAACAAAAAUUGUUUUUUUAAGUUUUUUUUGGAGAAUUCAAUUAAAUUUUUAGUUUGGCAUAAUCUAACAAAUUUUCUGGUUACAGUGAAAAACGACAUCGUUUUUUUAACAUCCUAUGUGCCUGUUAUAUAAAAUUUAUUUAAUUGUGAUUGCCAUUAUUUCUUUAUUAUCACCUUUUUAUAGGCGUAUAAAAAUUGAUCCCAGUGACUCAGUUCUGGUUUAUUAACUCGAAAAAAAAAACAAAUAUCAUAUAACUACUAUGUUAUUGUUUAUAUUUAGACAGAGUCUGACAAAUGUCAAAACAUAUUUUUUUAAUUCUCCAAAAAAAAUU